AUGGCAAAAAACGUUCAGUUGAAGUUGCUACAAAAGAGAGAGAGGCAAAUAGUGCUGCUCAUGGACAGUGUUGACCGAUUCGUGCAGAAUUAUGAACCAGAUCGUGAUGAGUGUCAGAUUGCUUCAAGGCUCGAAGCCUUGGAGCCUGUGUUUGAUGAAUUCCACGAAGUGCGCAGUAAAAUAGAAAUGAUUGUGUAUGAAAGCGAAGAGAAGAAGGCCAAGGAGCUCUACGGCGACGCCAAGGAUGAAGCUGAAGCCCAACGUGAGGAAGAAAACGACAUGCUGCUGCUGAGUUUUGAGGACCGUUUCUUCCAGCUGAAGGGUGCGCUAUCGAAACUUCAACAAAAACGUAAACAAGCUCCAAACGACGACAAUUCCUUCGAUCAUCAAGCCCAUGCCUCCUUUGGGUCAAGAGUUAAGCUGCCAGAAAUCCGAUUGCCCAGUUUUAGUGGAAAGCUUCGCGAAUGGGUCUCAUUCCGCGACAGUUUUCAAAGUUUGAUCCACAACAACGAUCAACUUGCACCCAUGGAGAAGUUUUCAUACCUCAGGUCAUCGUUGAGCGGCGAAGCACUUGAAGAAGUCCUCUCUAUCGAACUGUCAGACGUCAAUUACGCUGUCGCCUGGGAGAUUCUAACAGAACGGUACGAGAACAAGAAGCUUAUAGUGAAGGCGUACCUAGACGCACUGUUUACACUAGAACCGAUUAAGAAAGAAGUGUACGAGAGCAUCAAUCAUCUCAUCACGGAGUUUGAAAAGAAUCUGAUGAUGUUGCAGAAGGUCGGCGAAGACACUGAUGGUUGGAGCACCAUUCUAGCGCACAUGCUCUACUCGCGACUGGACUCUGUCACUUUAAGAAGCUGGGAAACACAACACAACUGCAAAGAAGUACCCAAAUACGAGGAUAUGAGGAAGUUUCUGCGCAGCUACUGUUCCGUCCUGCAGUCAGUUGCUCCCGCUAAAGAACCCCGAUUGAAUGUCGCAGAUCAUCAUCAGCCCAGAGCCCAAUCAGCAAGCUACACAACGUUUAAGUCCUCAAACCAGUGUCCAUUCUGCAAUGAAACAUGGCACUCACCAUUUCACUGCCAGAGAUUCCUUCGAUUGAAGAUAUCUGAACGUGUUGAAGCCGCCAAUCGAAGUCGAGUCUGCAGAAAUUGCCUGCAGCCAGGUCAUUUUGCGACGAACUGCACUCGUAGCAGUUGUCGGUUGUGUCAACAGAAGCAUCACACUAUGUUGCAUGCUACGCGAUCCUCCGUUCCAAAUCCGUUAAAUCCAAGACUCAGUCAACUGUCAAACGCACAACCUAUUCAAGAAAGCACCCAUAUUAAUCCACAGCAAGCCUAUCAACAGCAAAGACAACAAACCAUGCCAAUAGUUACGGAAUCACACACUCAACCACUAAAUGCAACACACAAUUCACCAAACACAACCACACAAAUCAAUUCACCUAUGCCAAGCACAAGCCAAAGUUAUGUAGCACUACCUAUCAAGCCUACAUCAAAUACUCUGCUUCCUACCGCUCUCAUCAAGAUCAAAGACCGCUACGGUAACGCUCUGAUAGCCAGAGCCCUGUUGGACUCUUGUUCGCAACAUUGUCUGAUGACAGAAGAGUUUUCGAGAAAGUUGAAGCUCGAAGAAACACCCACGUUUUUGUCAGUCCAGGGUAUUGGGUCGUCUGAGUCAGUGUCAACGAAAACCAUACGUUCUGAAGUCUGUUCACGUUCGCUAAAAAUCUCGGGUUUCAGAGAAACCAUACAGUUCUUCGUUUUGCCAAAACUUAAGCUAAAAAUACCCACAACAUCGUUUGAUCCUUCGCCCAUGUCGAUUCCCGAUUCCUCUUUGCUAGCUGACCCUCACUUCCAAGAGUCAAAGCAGAUCGAUGUCAUCAUUGGCGCCGAGUACUACACAGAUUUGUUGAGGAAUGAACGAAGAAAGGUCGCGAAGAAUGGUCCCACGCUUCAGAACUCUGUUUUUGGUUGGAUUGUGUCAGGUCGAGUGGUCGAAUCCCCGCAAAAAGUUUCCCAUACCCCAGUCUGUUCUUCAAGCACCUACAGAAGCUGCUCACAUGGCUAUAGGAGCUGGAAACAUGUCACGUCGAGACCACACGCUGAAUUGAAGAACCCACAGUCAGAAAUGAAGAAGAACGGCCGAACGUCCAUCCCUUCCGUCAAUCCACAGCCAGGCGGCCAAUCCAAACGGUUCUUAACACCACACACGACUUGGGCAACCGGGUCUGAUGAACCUCGAAGUCAAGCGGAUCGAUGCUCCCAGGUCCAUACAUCGGCAAACGAUCAUGUGCUUACCCCAUUCCGGUCGCACAGAACAGCAACAGCAUACCACCGGGCAGAUUCGAAGAAUGUCGAGCCUUUCUGGUCCGCCAUCAGCCUCCAGCCAGACAGAUCCAUCAUAGGUCAUCGUGAAGCCAACCACAACCAACUUUCUGGCGCCUAG